GGGAAAGGCGCCUCCUCACAAAGUGUUGCUGGGACCUGAAGAAAGCGACGACUCUUGGCCGGGAGAGGCAGCCCUCAAGAGGAGCAGGUGCUGAAUCUUUUUCCCCUUGUGAGACUGUGGAAUCGUCAGUAGUGCUAUGAUUUCAAAUGAAUAUGGUUCCAAUUCCUGGGAACUCACUGUCACUAUUGAUAGUCAAUAUGAAGGAAAACAAAAUGAGAUCAUACUUCAAGUAUCGGGAGAUCUCCAUAUUGGUGGAGUGAUGCUCAAGCUUGUAGAACAAAUCAAGGUAUCACAAGACUGGUCAGACUAUGCCCUUUGGUGGGAGCAAAAGCAGUGCUGGCUUCUCAAAACCCAUUGGACGCUGGAUAAAUAUGGGGUACAGGCAGAUGCCAAGUUGCUGUUUACCCUUCAGCACAGAAUCCUGCGCCUUCGCUUGCCAAGCAUGAAAACUGUGAGACUGAAUGUCAGCUUCUCUUCAGUGGUAUUCAAGGUAGUCGGCGACAUCUGCAAAACUCUCGGAAUUAGGAGACCAGAAGAACUUUCUCUGUUGAAACAACCUGAGGACACAAAAAAGAAAAAGAGAAAAGAAAAGAACAAAGAGCCAGUCAUAGAAGAUAUUUUAAAUUUGCACAGCUCUCCAGUGAGUUUGGGACUGCCAGCAAGUCCCGGUUUAUAUAGUAAAACCAUGACUCCCAUUUAUGAUCCUGUCAGUGGUACACCUGUUUCUUCCACAAUUGCCUGGUUUGGUGACAGCCCUCUGGCCAAACAGAACUGGAACAACCUCGCCUUCAGCCACCUCAACUGCACACCAGAAUCACUUACUGAAAUGUACCAAUCUCGAACUUUAGUCGACAAAGCAAAACUGAGCUCAGGGUGGCUAGAUUCUUCUCGCUCACUUAUGGAACAAGGUAUCCAGGAGGAUGAUCAACUUCUGUUGCGCUUUAAAUACUAUACUUUCUUUGAUUUGAAUGCAAAAUACGAUGCCAUACGGAUCAACCAGCUGUACGAACAAGCCCGGUGGGCUAUUCUGCUGGAAGAAAUAGACUGCACAGAGGAAGAAACCUUCAUCUUUGCUGCACUGCAGUAUCACAUCAGCAAGCUGGCAUUAUCAUCAGGGUUGCAAGAUUUCACAACUGAAGCUGAAACUGAUGAAGUAGAGGCAGCUCUUUCUAAUCUGGAAGUGACUCUGGAGGGUGGAAAAACAGAGAGUAUUUUGUCACAGGAGGACAUCACAGACAUACCAAAGCUUGCAGAUAAUCUCAAACUAUUUAGAUCCAAAAAGCUAACACUGAAAGCCUUCAAGCCAUAUUGGUUUGUCUUCAAAGACACUUCAUUAUCUUAUUUUAAAAACAAGGAAGCUGAAUAUGGAGAACCCAUUGAGAAGCUCAACCUAAGAGGAUGUGAAAUUGUCCCAGAUGUAAGCGUGUCAGGGAAAAAAUACGGAAUUAAGUUACUCAUCCCUGUGGCUGAUGGAAUGAAUGAACUACACUUAAGAUGUGAUAACGAAAGCCAGUAUGCCAAAUGGAUGGCGGCUUGCAUUUUGGCUUCCAAAGGAAAAACCAUGGCAGACAGUUCUUACCAGCCUGAGGUCCAUAACAUUCUGUCAUUCUUGAAAAUGAAGAGCAGGACUGCUUCUUCUCCUCAAGAAGUUUCUAAUCUGGAAAGCAUGGACAUGAAGCCGGAGUGCUUUAUCUCACCGCGGUGUGCAAAGAAAUACAAGUCCAAGCAGCUGACUGCUCACAUUCUGGAAGCCCAUCAAAACAUUGCCCGCAUGUCUCUUAUGGAAGCUAAAUUGCGGUUUAUCCAGGCAUGGCAGUCCCUUCCUGAGUUUGGCUUAUCAUACUACAUUGUAAGAUUCAGAGGAAGCAAGAAAGAUGAUCUUCUAGGUAUUUCUUACAACCGGCUGAUACGAAUAGACACAGCCACUGGGGACCCAAUUACAACAUGGAGAUUCUCAAAUAUGAAACAAUGGAAUGUGAACUGGGAGAUACGACAGGUUGCAAUCGAGUUUGAUCAAAAUGUGUCUAUUGCUUUCACUUGCCUGAGUGCAGACUGCAAGAUAGUUCAUGAAUACAUUGGAGGCUAUAUUUUCUUGUCAACCCGUUCCAAAGAUCAGAAUGAAACACUGGAUGAAGACCUAUUCCAUAAAUUAACUGGAGGAUGGAAAUGAGGAGAAACAUCUGGAUUGUAUAGGCUAAAUGGGACAAAACCAAACAAAACCUCCUGUUGUAUACACAUCUGUUUUGAACAGAGGAAUGUUACACUGUUCUAAUCACUCUGAUGAAACCUGUUUUGUUUUGUUUUUAGUUGUAUGUCUUACCUCAUGGGUUAUCCAAGUUAAAUUUAAGUACAUAAUACCUGUUGUUCUUCAACAAACAAGCUACAGCAUAAGUAUAGUAUGCACGCUUUCCCUCUGUAAUCUUUAUUGAUGUCUGACACAAUCAACCUGCGAAAACUAAUUAAGUCAGUAUAGUAGCCAGCAAAUACUUAAGGCAUAAUACAUUUGCCCAUCACAUUUUCCCCACCCACCCCACCCUUGUGUGCCACUUAUCCCCUUUCCUGAUCAGUGACCCUCCCAUGCGUGGAGAGCUAUAUUUCCAGGCCAUCUGUGUGUGCCUUAUGAUACAUGUAGGGUGACCCACUAGAUUGGGCCCUUAGUAUUUUUAAUGUGAUACAAUGUAAAUGCCUACUCUUGUUAAUAUGGGUCAUUGCAUAGUGACGAAGAAUCUAUUCUAAAUACUUGUCUCAGUAACUACCACCCCAAAAGCCUUUCCAGAUUAUAAAUAUUUAGGGACUGUAGUGUUCAUUUGUUGCAGGGACCCAUGUGCUGUUUCCUUCAAGUGGUGCCCUGUUUAUGGGGAUAUUAUAAUUUCUCAGCACUCAACCUCAAUAUUGCAUCACAGAAUCACUGCCAUAAUUUCCUAUGCCACCCCAGCAAGCAUUCUGCUGACAUUGCUCUGUGGAAUGCAGCUAAUAUUGUCAGAUGUGGAAUGCAGUUAAUAUUGUCAUUCUGCUGACAUUGCUCUGUGGAAUGCAGCUAAUAUUGUCAGAUGACACCUAGGAAGUAGGAAAGAUACCUGGCAGAUCAGGAGAUGGAGCCUGGUGAGAUAUAGGAAGAAGAAUAUUAGUCCCUGCUGGAGGUAGAGGAUGGCAUCUGGCCAGCGAGGGGAAGAACUGAGCCAUGCCUGGGGCUUCAGGGUAAGCCUGCCAGGCAAAACCAAUUGCAUAACCUCUCCAGCCAAACAGAAAGCAACCUGCCUCUCCCUUGACUGUGGCACUUAAGAUUUUACCACUUAAGAUUUUUACUUCUUUCUCUGGAGACUUUGAAGGAGGCUAAAACCUGAAAUUUCAGAUCAGUCUCUGAAACCUAGAAACCCUAAUGGGGGUGCUUGCACGUCAGGACAUCCAUUGAAUAGUGCCCACUGCAUCACAAGUGACAAGUGGCACAAUCCCAUGUGUGUGCAUAGCUGCCCACGUCAUGCUGUGCGUUGGGUUUAAUUCUGGUUUUAAUUCUUUAAAAGGGAAAUGCUUGUUUAGUCCUUGAAUAAAAAGCAAGUGCCAAACAGUGGCAGGACUAAACCCUUGUGCUGUUGCCACAGUGCCACCACCCCCAGUUUCAUGGACUGUGGUACUUCCUUCUUUAAAGCUUGUUGAGACUGCACUGUCUCCAGCAUUGAAGCACCUAUCUCCUCUUUUUAAAAAAAGAAAGAAAAGGCAAACAGGUUGUUCCUAUAGCCGCAAUGCUAAUCCCAUUACAUGGGGACAGGAUAUAGCUCCACUGAAGUUGGAUUAGGCCGAAGACAAAUAUUCUUCUAAGAAAGAAGAAAAUAGGUGGGAUCUAACAGUAUGCUUCUGCACACAGAAAGUGUCUUCUGCUCAUAGAAAAGGUUGUUCUACAGCUUGCACAAGAGCAAUGUAUGAAAAAAAGUGAAAUGGAAUCCAGAGAUGCUCUUUUACUUCUGCUAGAGUUUGUGCUAUAAAACCAAACUGUUACAGCACUGUGUGAACUCUUGCAUAAAUUGUUGUAUGAGUAUUUGUGAGACUGCGCUAGCAGCUGUUUUUCUUCUGGAUUUAGACCCUUUUUUUUUUGGAAAUGACUCACUCAUCCUCAGAUAAUUCACUUUCAACUUGGAUAAGAAAAUGACCCUUGCUGUGAAUCUAUGAAUCUAAUGCACUGUUCGUAGCAAACCUACUUACAAAGUUUUGUUAAAAAAAAAAAUUCAUAUCCACAUACAAGCUUAUAAAUAGUUUUAACAAAAAAAAAAUACCCACAGAAAAAAAAUCAAAUUUCUUAAUACUAUCACAAUAUAGUAUUAAAUAAUAUUUUCCCUAUUUUACAAUAUCUUGUUUAAUUUUCUGAGUAGCCUUUAUAGUAAUCUUCCUCAUUAUUAGAAACCAAAAUACUUAACUGGUUUAGUAGUAGUAAGUUUAUUUACGGUCCAUGACCAAAUUAGAACACAAAAAAAGUUAAAAUUCUAAUAAAAAUGUUAAAUACAGAGUAACAUUAUAAAACAUUAUGAUAUAAAAAGGUGGGAGGGGAGGAAUAGGCACAUAUAUAUAAACAUAUAAAAGGAAUGUUUAAAAACUAACUGGUUCAUUCCUUAUCUUUAUAGCUGCUACACAAAAUCUUGCCAUGGACCCAGUAAUUCCCUUAUACCAAUCUGACAAAAAAUAAGCAACAUAAUACUCAUUGGAAUGACCCAGAUAUUUUCUAAGAUGAGGCUCGAUCCAGUUGGAGUGAAUAGAUUUGAAGAAAGGCCAAUAGAGGAAAACAUGAGCGAUUGUCUCAACCAUUCCUGCACCACAAGGGCAUGAGCAAUUCCUCCAGGGAAUUCUCUUAUAUCUUCCCUACAAAACCGCAGAGGGCAGAACAUUAAACCGAGCUUGCAAAAAAGCUCUCCUCUGACUUGAGACCGACAAGUGCGUGGAAUAAGCUGCCAGCAUAGGGUAAUUUAAGAAAUGAUCACAGUUAAUUCCAAGGGAGGCCACACUUAGGUCCCUUUGUUUCUCUAGGUCCAAAAUCCUCUGUUUCAAUAUCUUUUUAGCUACAUCAGGACCCAGGGAACAUAAAAACUGAUCUGAAAAGCCACAAUUGCCCAAGAUGGCCUGGACAUUCUUGGUCCAAGAUGACUGAAAUUCAUCUUUUAAAACCCAUGGGACAAGGCCUAAGCCAUGAAUAUGGAUUUUUAGCCAAUAAUUAAUCGUACGUAGUCAAGUCAGGGCCACAAUCCUAAUUAAUCCUGCUUCCAAACGUAGGGCCACAUUCGAGACACAGCGCAGGAGCAGGAAAAUGGCUUGUAGAAAUCUCUACUGUACCACCUCAAGCAGUUGUAAAUUAUCUGUCAAAAAGAUCUGAAUUCCAUACAACAUCUGGGUUAAAAUUGUGGCUUGAAAAACCUUAAGUGCGGCAGGAAUAUAAUAAGCACCCUUGGUAUGAAAAUUUUUUAACACCGCUGUAACCAUGUUCUGCGCACUUGCGGCCACAUACUCACUAUGGGAUCUCCAUGAAUUACGUUCAUGAAACACAAGACCUAGAUAUUUUUACGUUUUGUCCUGUUGGACGCUAUUGCCAUUAAUAACCCAUUUAUGUUUUUUUGGUCUCUUGCUAAAUACCAUCACCUUUGAUUUCUGGGUAUUAAUAGCCAGAGACUCCUCAGCGCGAAAUUGCGCAAGAGUUCUCAGGGCCCUCCUCAAGCCGACCAGUGUGGUAGAUAUUAUAGCUACGCCGUUGGCGUACAAUAAAAUAGAAAUAGCUCUUCCUGCUAAUUUGGGCUGAUGAAAGGCGGGAUCAUCCAAAAGAGGGAUUAAAAAGUUGAUAUAAAAAUUAAAUAAGAAGGGUGCCAAAAUGCACCCCUCUUUAACCCCUUUCUGUACUGGGUCUGAUAAAAUGGCUUAACCCUCAAUAAGGUAUUUUUAUACAGUAUAAAGAUAAGGAAGAGUAAACGGGGAUCUAUGGAGGUCCUUGCAAGUUUAUUCCAAAGCUGUGUCCUAGAUAUUGAAUCAAAGGCGGCCUUUAGGUCAGUAAAGGCCACAUAUAAUGAAGAGUUUUUAGUGGAGUAUUUUUCCACAAGAUGGGAUUAAACCAAGGCCUGAGCCAAUGUGGAGUGGCCAGAGCAGAAACCAGCCUGUUCCUCUCUAAGAAUGGAGUCCUAUUCAGCCCAGUCAAUAAGUCUAUGGCACAAGUGCCUUGCAUACAAUUUACUAAUUAUGCACAAUAGACUUAUUGGGCAGUAACUGGAGGGAUUAGAAUGCUGUCCGCCCAUAAAAAUCGGUACAAUAAUGGCCAUGCUCCAAUCCUCAGGAAUAUGUCCCACCCUAUCAAUAUAAGUGAAGAGCUUGGCUAAAACAGGGGGCCACCAAUCUAUUUCCGCCUUCAAAAGCUCCCCUUGCCUGAUGGUAAUUGGGAUAUCAAACUAAUGAUUUAUUGAACUGAGACCGGAUUCAGUCUAGAAGAUAUACACUAGGAGAGGGCCCAGGCAAAUCAGCCUCGUAUACUACCCUAAAAUGGGCUGUCCAGAUAUCUGUGGUAAUAUGGCCUCCCAAACUAGGAGAUCAUUAAUAUGAUUAUAUCCAAACUUUUCAUUUAUCAAGUUCUUAACUUGUGUGUUUUUUUAAAUCACUUUUCUUUUAUUAAUUUUCAGUCCUGCCACAUUUCCAUACUUCUCUAAUUCUAAUUCUAAUUCCAAUUCCACUUGUGCAAUUGAUCUGCAUGGAUUACUUAAGGUCAGUACCAUAUCAUCAGCAUACAUAUUUUUUACUGCUCUUCAUGGACCUUUAUACUUUGAAUUUUAUCAUUACUCCUUAUUGCUAUUGCGAGGGGCUCAAGACACAUUACAAAUAAUAAUGCUGAAAGUGGACAAUCUUGUUGCUUUUGAUUAAAAAAAUUAUCUGAAUUUAUUAUUUACCUACUCUUGCUUUAACAUAAUUAUAAAUAUCUUUUAUCCAAGUUAUGAACUUAUCACCAAACUGAUAUGCCUCCAAAAAGAAACUCUCACUCCACAUUAUCAAAAGCUUUCUUCGCAUCUAAAAAUAUAAAUGCGAUGGCACCAUCCUUCCUUUUUCUUAAUGUGACUAAUUCAAUGUAUCAGUUUCCAAAUAUUAUCUUUCAUUAAUCUAUUUGAUUUAAAAAAACCUAGCUUGAUCUACAUGUAUAUAUUCUGGAAUGAUUUUCAAAAUCAGUUUUCAAAAAGGCACCAUCCUUCCUUUUUCUUAAUGUGGCUAAUUCAAUUUAUCAGUUUCCAAAAAUUAUCUUUCAUUAAUCUAUUUGACAAAAAAACCCUAAGUUGAACUACAUGUAUAUAUUUUGGAAUGAUUUCAAUCUUGUUGCCAAGACUGAUGCAAAUAGUUUGUAAUCUAUUUCCUAACAAGGAGAUGGGUCUAUAAGAUGAAACUAAGAGUGGGUUUUUAUUAUGUUUUAUUAUUAGUACUAUCUUAGGCUUUGACCUGCACAAAAUACCAGUUUGUAACACUUCAUUCAUAACUUAACUGCUUAGCCAAAAUGUAAUUAAAGUUCUCAUAAUAAAGAUAACCCAUCCAAUCCA